CACGCAGAAGCUUUCGAGCACAAGAAUGAUGAAAAGUAAGGGGGGCUGGUUUGCCUCGCCUUGUGGGCGGUUUUCCCACCCAGCCAUUUCUUGACAAUUUAGAAUUCAUUUGUUUUUGGAAUCUGACCUGCUGGAAAAGCAGAUUGGAAAGCACGUAGAGGGUAAUUUGUCACAAUGGGGUUUGGUUUCUUCAAAGCGUCAAAGAGCAAAGCCCAGCCAAAACCACCAGAGACAUCCUCCACGGACUUGCGAAGAAAAAAUUCGAGAACGAGCGCUCCUACAAACCCUUCACCAAGGUUUCUUACGAACGCUACGCCACGAGCUCAAAGCUUUGAAGCAGGGCAGUACCGAACGCUUGAUCCAAAAGCGGAUGCAUUGGAUUACACGAGGACAGAGGGCAUUUCAAAAGGCUUUCUGGAUGAUGUCAUGUUUGAUUUCGAUUCGAGGUUGGAUUUGAGUGGGAACCCGGAGACAAAGAAACCAGAGCUUGGAAGCAAGAAAGAAGUAGAACCGCGUUUUAAAUAUGAGUUGGUGCAGAAGACGAUCCCAACAUACACAUACACACCGAAGGUCUAUCGUCUGGGCACAGAUAGUGCCGAAGAUAAGACUGCGAGUCACGUUGACGCGUCCUCAUCAACGCCUAAAAAGUCCAGCAAAGAUGCAGCUAGAGAUGCGGAUCUCGUUUCCGGCCUUGCCGAAGCGUCAUUCUUAUUUCGCAAAGUCAAAUCAAGCAAUGAGAUAAGGGAGACCCCAAGUCCUAAGGCAGCGUCUAGAGGUGAAACGGAGGCAGUAAGAUUUAACAGACGAGCACGACAGAACCCGGGUAGUCGUCCAGCGGUGGCGGGGUCAUUGAACCGGUCGUCGAGCAGAGGACGAGGGCGCAACAGAGCGCCUACAAAGGGAGUGUCCGGAGAGUCAAGCGGAACCGAAUCUGAGGACGACAGUGAUCAUGUGGCUCUUGCUCCAUCUCGCCAUCGCUCCACCUCCCGCGCGAGACCUGUUGUCCAACAGCAUUCUGACUCUAAUGCAAAGAGCUUGUCUUCGACAAAUCUAACCCACUUGGCACAGCCAAAGCUUUCCCCAAGUCGAAUAAGAGGGAGGUCCGUUGGGCCUUUACCAUCACCACCACCAUCUCCCUCCGCCGGAAGUGGCCAUGAACGUCCCCAGAGCCGUUCGCGAUCUCGCUCGAGGAUGGGACGACAGAUAGUUCCAUCUACUUCCGAUGAGGAGGAGGACUCGGAAUCAGACGACGACGUUCCACUAGCUGGUGUUCGAAUGCAAGCUAUUGAAAAUCGACAGCAUAGGGGACGCCGACGUACAGCUGCGACUCGAGCGCCAUCAUCGGAUUCUCGGAGUCAAGCUGUCGAGUCUGCGGGACGUAGGUCGAUAGAUGUAACACCUGGACGCAGCAGUCGCCGUAAUGCGAGCGAGCAAGCCCCGCCGCCUCCCACUGACAACCUCCUGCCAUCUUCCUAUACCUACUCGCAACAGCAGGCAAUGGCGGCGCUAGCCCAACAGCAACAAAUGUGGGUAGCGUACUACCAACAAGCGGCCGUUUAUCAACAGGCAGCAUACCAGCAGAUGCAACAGCAACAAGUAGGUAAUAUACCUUCUGCUGCGCCGUACGCUUUCCCAGGUGUCAUGGGACAAGGGAUGAUGCCGUACGGAGUAUUACCGUCAGCUGUCCCUUCUGUUGCGAAGAAACGAAGCAAGAAUUUAUCCAAGAAGAAGUCUGGAGUGUCGCUGCGUGGUAAUGAGGAGAGUGUAGUGGUAGAGGGAGCCGUAAGUGGUGAUUGUGCUGCAUAAUCUAAGCAAGGCUUGUAUAGAGAUGAUAGAUGUGAUUUAGAAUUUUUGUGCGAGUGAAGUAUACCUUAGAAUGUAAAUGUUUAAAUUUUGUCACAAUAUGCUCUAGUAAAUUGAAAGGAUGGAGAAUAGCAUUUAGCGACUUCUGCCGUCAAUGUGAUCCAGUA